CACUUUUCACAUGGUUCAACCAGGAGAUCACAGAAAGAGGAAUGUCUGGUUUUUGGAAAUGGGCCCAAGGGAGAGUAAAAUCAAAUCACCCCACAAGACUGCUGCGGGACAAGAUCGUGGGACCAGAGCCAGUCCCGUGACCAGCAGCCAUCAUAUACCAUUAAAAACUAAGCAACCACCCAACCCUGAGCCUGUCCUUGUAUGGCCGGAGAACAGCGUGCGCUGGGGGAACCAGUACGACGUCUACAUCUGUCACAGUAAGGAGGACGCUGACUGCUCUUAUGCAAUGGAGAUGCUCUCUUACCUGGAGGCGCAGCCGGAGAAGUUGCGGUGCUUUCUCCCUAUGAAGGACAUGUUGCCAGGGAGUCCUGAAUCCUCAGAAAUGUGCAGUGGCAUAGAAAGCAGCCAUUGCUGGGUGAUGCUGCUGACCUCCCACUUCCUAUCCGAUGGCUGGUGUAAAUACCAGAUGCACCAGUCCCUCAUGCAGGCGCCGUGCUCCAAUGGGCGCCUAAUCCCGGUUAUGAUUGGGUUGACCUUCGCACAGUAUCCGGUAGAGAUGAAGCACAUGUACGCCUACAAGACUGCGCUAAAUGACAAAAGUGUGUUCGAUAAAAUUAAAGGAGCCAUUGUGACAUAUCUAAAAGAUAUGAUAACUAUUACAAGUGACCAGAUUCCUUCAUAUUCUCCAAGAAACAUGUCUGUGGAAAACAGCCGGAGCCCCAGGAUGUCUGUGGAAAACAGCCGGAGCCCCAGGAUGUCUGUGGAAAACAGCCGGAGCCCCAGGAUGUCUGUGGAAAACAGCCGGAGCCCCAGGAUGUCUGUGGAAAACAGCCGGAGCCCCAGGAUGUCUGUGGAAAACAGUCAGGAGAAAAGUUCAGUGUCUCAGGAAACCACCAGUGACCUGUCAAAAAGAAGCUCUGUGACUGAGCUAGAGACCACCACCGAUAUGUCCAUAAAAAUCCCAGGGUCCCAGGAGAUCACCAAUUACAUAUCCUUAAAAAGCCCAGCAACCCUAAAUACUACCAGUGAGGUGCUCUUUAGAACCCCGAUGUCAGAGGAGACUACCGAUAAAGUUUCAAUAAGAAGCUUAGUGUCACAGGAGACCACAAGUGACAUGUCCUUAAGAUGCCCAGUGACCCAGGAGGCCUCCAGGAAAGUCUCAUUAAGAAGCUCAGCGUCUGAGAUUUUCAGUGAUGUAUCCAUGGGAAGCUAUUUAACUGGACUGGAGACCACCAGUGACAUGUCUAUAAGAAGUUCUGUGACUGGACUGGAGACCACCAGUGACAUGUCUAUAAGAAGUUCUGUGACUGGACUGGAGACCACCAGUGACAUGUCUAUAAGAAGUUCUGUGACUGGACUGGAGACCACCAGUGACAUGUCUAUAAGAAGUUCUGUGACUGGACUGGAGACCACCAGUGACAUGUCUAUAAGAAGUUCUGUGACUGGACUGGAGACCACCAGUGACAUGUUCUCUAGAGCCCCAAUGACAGAGGAAAACACCAGUGAAGUUCCAUUAAAAAGCUUGGUGGCAGACAAGACCAGUGACUUGAAAAGCUCUAUGGCCAGACAAGAGACCACCAGUGACUUGUCCAUGAUAAGGUCUGUAACAGGACUGACAAGUGAUGUGUCCUCUAGAACUCCAAUGACAGAAAAGACCAAUGUUGAAGCUUCAUUUAAAAGCUAUGUGACCCAGGAGACCAACAGUGACAUGUCCAUGAGAAGCUCUAUGACCAGACAGGAGACUACCAGUGAAGUGUCCUUUGGAAGCCUCACCCAUGUUACCACUAAUGACAUGACUAUAAGAAGCUCUGUUACCAAACAAAAGACCACCGGUGACAUAUCCUCAAGAAGCCCAGUGACCACCAGCGAAGUGUCCAUAAGCAGCUCUAUGACUGAACAGGGGGCCGACUCGUACUUUUCUUUAUCCCUACCACUUAUUAAUAAUAGAGAUAUUGGUACAGACUGUAAAUGCAUCACGACCGUGACCAAGGAUUCGUUCAGUCGGGAGACACAAAUCAACACAAGUGACUUCGGUGUUUGGUCAAUGACUAUGGACUUAGUGACUCAAGACACCACAAGUGACAUGUCCAUGAGAAGCACUAUGACCAGACAGGACACCACCAGUGAUGUGUCCAUUAGAAGCCAUAACCAGGAGACCACUAGUGACAUGACCAUGAGAAGCUCUGUGACCAAAAUGGACACCAUCAGUGACACCGUUUCAAAAAGCUCAGUGACCACCAGUGAUGUGUUCUUAAGCAGCUCUGUGACCGAGCAGGAGACCACCAAUGACUUAUCUUUGUCCCCACCACUUAUCAAUAAUAGAGAUGUCUGUACAGACUGUAAAUGCAUCACGACCACAACCAAGGAUUCGUUCAGUCGGGAGACACGAAUCAACACAAGUGACUCCGGAGUUUGGUCAAUGACUAUGGACCUUCAUACAGACUGCAAUGAUGUCUACACAAGUGGUGGGCAAACAGUGAGCACACACUCAGACUGCAGUGAUGUCUACACAAGUGGUGGGCAAACAGUGAGCACACACUCAGACUGCAGUGAUGUCUACACAAGUGGUGGGCAAACAGUGAGCACACACUCAGACUGCAGUGAAGUGAACACAAGUGAUGGGCAAACAGUGAGCACACACUCAGACUGCAGUGAUGUCUACACAAGUGGUGGGCAAACAGUGAGCACACACUCAGACUGCAGUGAAGUGAACACAAGUGGUGGGCAAACAGUGAGCACACACUCAGACUGCAAUGAUGUCUACACAAGUGGUGGGCAAACAGUGAGCACACACUCAGACUGCAGUGAUGUCUACACAAGUGGUGGGCAAACAGUGAGCACACACUCAGGCUGCAGUGAUGUCUACACAAGUGGUGGGCAAACAGUGAGCACACACUCAGACUGCAGUGAAGUGAACACAAGUGGUGGGCAAACAGUGAGCACACACUCAGACUGCAAUGAUGUCUACACAAGUGGUGGGCAAACAGUGAGCACACACUCAGGCUGCAGUGAUGUCUACACAAGUGGUGGGCAAACAGUGAGCACACACUCAGGCUGCAGUGAUGUCUACACAAGUGGUGGGCAAACAGUGAGCACACACUCAGACUGCAGUGAUGUCUACACAAGUGGUGGGCAAACAGUGAGCACACACUCAGGCUGCAGUGAUGUCUACACAAGUGGUGGGCAAACAGUGAGCACACACUCAGACUGCAGUGAAGUGAACACAAGUGGUGGGCAAACAGUGAGCACACACUCAGACUGCAGUGAUGUCUACACAAGUGGUGGGCAAACAGUGAGCACACACUCAGACUGCAGUGAAGUGAACACAAGUGGUGGGCAAACAGUGAGCACACACUCAGACUGCAGUGAUGUCUACACAAGUGGUGGGCAAACAGUGAGCACACACUCAGACUGCAGUGAUGUCUACACAAGUGGUGGGCAAACAGUGAGCACACACUCAGACUGCAGUGAUGUCUACACAAGUGGUGGGCAAACAGUGAGCACACACUCAGACUGCAGUGAUGUCUACACAAGUGGUGGGCAAACAGUGAGCACACACUCAGACUGCAGUGAAGUGAACACAAGUGGUGGGCAAACAGUGAGCACACACUCAGACUGCAAUGAUGUCUACACAAGUGGUGGGCAAACAGUGAGCACACACUCAGACUGCAGUGAUGUCUACACAAGUGGUGGGCAAACAGUGAGCACACACUCAGGCUGCAGUGAUGUCUACACAAGUGGUGGGCAAACAGUGAGCACACACUCAGACUGCAGUGAAGUGAACACAAGUGGUGGGCAAACAGUGAGCACACACUCAGACUGCAAUGAUGUCUACACAAGUGGUGGGCAAACAGUGAGCACACACUCAGGCUGCAGUGAUGUCUACACAAGUGGUGGGCAAACAGUGAGCACACACUCAGGCUGCAGUGAUGUCUACACAAGUGGUGGGCAAACAGUGAGCACACACUCAGACUGCAGUGAUGUCUACACAAGUGGUGGGCAAACAGUGAGCACACACUCAGGCUGCAGUGAUGUCUACACAAGUGGUGGGCAAACAGUGAGCACACACUCAGACUGCAGUGAAGUGAACACAAGUGGUGGGCAAACAGUGAGCACACACUCAGACUGCAGUGAUGUCUACACAAGUGGUGGGCAAACAGUGAGCACACACUCAGACUGCAGUGAAGUGAACACAAGUGGUGGGCAAACAGUGAGCACACACUCAGACUGCAGUGAUGUCUACACAAGUGGUGGGCAAACAGUGAGCACACACUCAGACUGCAGUGAUGUCUACACAAGUGGUGGGCAAACAGUGAGCACACACUCAGACUGCAGUGAUGUCUACACAAGUGGUGGGCAAACAGUGAGCACACACUCAGACUGCAGUGAUGUCUACACAAGUGGUGGGCAAACAGUGAGCACACACUCAGACUGCAGUGAUGUCUACACAAGUGGUGGGCAAACAGUGAGCACACACUCAGACUGCAGUGAUGUCUACACAAGUGGUAUGGAUAAGCUAACAUGA